AUGGAAUCGUUGCCCCUCCGAGCCUUUUGGCUGACCGUCCUCAUCGGCGGUUUCCUGCCUUGCGUCUUGUGUGACACAAGUGAUUUGACUGCUGUUGAUCCAGAUUUCACAGUGAGUAUCCCGAAAGACGGACUUCCAGAGGAUCUCGAAGAAGUCUUCUUUCUUCAGCCGGCUGGCACUCUUCGCGUCAUCGACGAGACCGGCUCAGCUGUCUAUAUGCCCCAGAUGAGCACGGACUCUGAGGAUGGUGCUUCUGCGCGAAUUCGCACUGACUCUGGCGAUGCUUCGUCGGAAACGUACAGCGCCGCGUACGCGUUCGUGAAUGGAAAGUGUGACUUCACGAAGGAAAUCCAGUACAAGGACGCAUUUCCAGGGUACUCUCAGCCGAUUUGGGUUCGGACCGCCUCUGCUGAUGCCGCGGAGGCGAAAGCAUCAUCGGGGGGAGCGGUUGCGAACUUCACAUUGACGAACCCUCCUGAAGAGUAUUUGACUGAGGUGGUGAGUUUCUGCGUGAGAUUCAAGACGUUCUUGGCUUCUGGAUCUUCAACCACGACAACGACUACAUCGACAGGUGCGACAACGGCGUCAAACACAGUGUCACCCCCCUCCAGUUCACAGACAGGAGAGCCUUCAUCUCCCCCGGCUCCUGCGCCGCCGUCUGGUGGUACAGAGAGUUCUUCUGAAGGUGCCUCCUCCAAGGGUCCAGAAGAAGAUAACACAGGCCCACAAUUGAAUAACAAAACAAAUUUGGAAGGGCCUUUGCCCUCCGCCAAGGCUCCCGAAAUACAACACAGUACCGGGGAGGACCAACGUACAGACGAUGAAGCAGCCCAUAACUCUGGAGACUCUGCGGUAUCUGCCACCCCCGGAAAAGCAGGGAACACCGGAGAAUCUGAGGUGACACACGGAAACACGGCCAACUUAGAAGAAACUGAUCCGGGGAAGACUACUGAAGGAGGAAAGGGCGCUCAGGCGAGGAGGCUUUCCGAAACAAGCAGCCCGAAAGAGGCAUACUUGACAAUAGUCGUACACUCUGCUGCCUGGGGCUUGGACGAGGGAAUCGGAGCACUCUCAGCUUUUGUUCUCUGCAUUACCUCUACACUGUUGUCCACAUUCUAG